AUGGCCGAUGCCAUAUUCCCCAAGCACACGGGCAUUUCCAAGAAAAAGGCCAGAAAUGCAAAGACGGUUCGUGGGUCCGAGCGCGGCGCCUUAUGCUUCGCAACCAACUCAAGGAGAGAGCGUUCCAAGUCCCGUCCCGGUCCUGCGAUCCUCACCCCAACCCCUGACGAGAAUGUACUUGCCCUCAACGUUACAGAGAGCCUGGUUACCAUCGCGACUGCCUCGUCUCGGCUUCUAGACGAGUUCGCCGCAUACCGCAAGUACGUCGCCGAGCGUGCCGAGGCUCCGGCUCAGAUCAACUCUGACAUCCUCGCCGCACUCGAGAAGAACCCGCAGCUGAUCAGGGCUGUUCUCGAGACGCUCAACGAAGUCGCGCUCAUCACUUGA